CCAUGGUUUGGCGGAUGUUAUGUACUCUUCCACGUCUCUGGAUUUUCGUUUAUUAGGUUCGUUAUUUUGUAAAAGCGCCAAAACUUCUUCUUUACUCGCUCAACUUUGCUUGCUCUCCCUGAUUCAGUUGCUACCAUAUAAAAGAAACAGAUAAUGUCGUGGGCUGUGUCAACUAUUGUUCCCUCUGAAGUUCCUCUCGUUUAUGGUGUUGCUACUGCUGGUCCAUUGUUGGGUUGCGGCAACUUCUUGGAUGUAGUUAGUCCUAGAAGAACGAGGUUUAAUUUACCACUUUCAAAGAAGUGUUCAAGAUUGAUGACUUUUGCCACGGAGUCGAACCAAGUGUCUCUUUUUCAAUCACGCACUUGGGAAGAUCCAGAUGAUGGAAGUGGCAGCGAAUAUGAUGAAGAAGAAGUGGACGAGUAUGACUUGGGUUUAGAAAGUGAUUGGGAAGGAGAAGGAGAUGUUCAGGCCAUCUCUAGCAUUGAUCAUCCUGCUACAAACAAGUAUGAGGAGGAUCUUCAGAAAGAGGUUGAACAACUUUUGGAACCCGAAGAAAGAGCGAUUCUGCAACAGAAUGCAACUCCCAAUGUGGAAAAACUGUCAACUCUGAAAUGGAAUCCACUUCACACUUUUGCGCUAUCAGGGCAGAUUAUUCAAAUGGACAAACUACUUGAAAGUGGAUUUGACAUUGACUCUGUUGAUGAGGAUGGUUUUUCUGCUCUCCAUAAGGCAAUUAUAGGCAGAAAGGACGCUGUCAUUGGACAUCUUCUAAGAAAAGGUGCAAGCCCUCAUGUCAAAGACAAAAAUGGUGCUACCCCACUUCAUUAUGCUGUUCAAGUUGGUGCAAAGCAAAUUGUGAAGCUACUAAUCAAAUACAAAGUUGAUGUCAAUGUUGCAGAUUCUGAUGGAUGGACACCGUUGCACAUUGCCAUCCAAGGUAGAAAUAGAGAUAUAACAAAAAUAUUGCUGGUCAAUGGAGUAGAUAGGAACAGAAGAAACAAGGAUGGAAAGACAGCCUUGGAUUUGAGUCUGUGUUAUGGGAAAAACUUCAAGUCGUAUGAUCUUUCGAAGUUGCUAAAAGUAGUGCCUCUUUAUGGAGCUUUUUGAUCUGAGUAGGGAUGUAUCAACUUGAAACAUCCUUGUGCCAGAAAAUUUUUGUAUUGAACACUUGGUACAAUCUUUUGUAUAAAUCUCAGAAAAGCUUGGUUGCGUAAUUUUCUCUCUUCA